UUCAUGGCGUUCAAAUGCUUUAUAUACUUAUUGUCACCAUAUGAGGAAUACCUACUGAGAAUUUAAAUUGCAUUCAAGUGAUUGGAAUACAUUCAAGAUGCAACGUUCGUGCGUAAUUGUUUUGUUGAUAGGAUUCGUUGCCUCUAAAAAAUUACCUUCCUAUAUUGAACCAUGCCCGAGAUCAGUCAAGGAAGCUGGCCCGUGUAUUUUGAAAAAUGUGAAGAUAAUUCAACCGAAAAUGGAGAAAGGAAUUCCAGAGAUGCUUAUUCCUGCUCUAAAUCCGCUGGUUAUCACCGAAAGUCGCCUUGACACAAAGACCAUAAUAGCCGCUUUUCAUGACAUAAAAAUGUACAACCUCCACAAUUUCGAAUUGCUAGAAUUGAAAUUCAAUAUCGAAACACUUGAAAUAUAUAUUUCGAUCAAUUUUCCGAAUAUGGCCUGUACUUCCAGAUACAGCCUCAAAGGAAAAAUUCUCCUACUCGAAUUCGAUUCGCAUGGAAAAGCUCAAGGAAAUUUCACAAAUUUGUGGGCUGAUCUCAAGGGAAAAAUGGAAUUGUACGACAAGGAAGGCAAAAAACAUUUUAAAAUAAACAAUGUUGACAUGAAUUUGAAAGUUAGUGGUGCCAGUAUGUACUUCGAAGAUAUCUUCCCAAACAACAAAGAACUUACUGAAAACGCCAAUAGAGUCCUCAACGAAAACAGCCAAGAUGUCAUUAAAGACUUCGUACCAGUGCUUAUCGAAACUGUUAAGUCUAUCGUUGCCGGCAUAGCGAAUAGAAUUUUUGAAAAAAACGUCCUACAUUUAUUAGUGUUCAACAUGGCAGACGGUACAUUUUUGCUGUGUUUAAGUGGCCAGAUCGAAUGGGCCGAUGUAUUAGCCUCGAGCGGUAGUUCCUGGCAUUGCAAGUACGAAUUUUGCGCGGGGCCCGACUGGCGAAUCCUAGGCGGCUUGGAAGCCGGCUUAUCCCAAAUAGUGAACAUAGUGAACAACGGCGAUAAGGUCAUACUAAAUUUACCGAUAGAAAUACAGUACAAAUCGACGAACCCGUACGGUUGGCCCCAAAUUGUCCUGAGCAUCUACAAGGAAAUGCAACUGGCUGGUUACGGACGUUGUCACGUACCUCUCAAGCCGGGGAAUCACAAAGUCGAGGUGAGUUUGAGCAAGCCUCAGGCGUCUUCCAUGCUGGGCUAUUUGGCGUCGUUUUUCGGAUACCAGCCGGAGCUGCUGCAGCCGAAGAUGUUGGCCACAACAGCCGGGAAUAAUUUGAUUUUGAUGGAAACCUCUGGAUCAGCCCAGAUUUCCUUCAAUAUCGUUACGCAAGGUUUCAAUGCUUUGGGAUACGACGUUGGUGUUGUGAGAGACUGACAUAUGGAUAAAAUUGUUCAUUAUUAAUUACGUGUAAGUUUAAGAAUAAAAAAAUGUGUAUUUUUUUAAUAUUCAAUUUUAUUUUUUGGCGAUAAGCUAGGCAGCUUGAAGUAAGAGACCACGAAAACGAAAUACGACUACCACAUUGACAGUUGUCUUCUCUCAUUUUUUGGUCGUGAAAAAGACACGUUUUAUUUUAACUUUGUAGAACAGCUUGUAUAGUUAUUACUGUAAAAAUAUAGAAAACGUGUUCACA